CCCCAAUCUAUUUUAUUGAUUUCAGACAAAACCCAUCUCUAGAAGUCCCUAUCCAAGCAAAGCAGCCAGUGAUCUGAGAGAAUCUUCCAUGGCUUGAACCGAUCAUUUCAUCCAAAUACCCAAAUGGGUUCACCCAUAAGAGCUCUCUGCCUUCCAUGGCUUCAUCUGCUUCUGAUCACAUUCAUUGGGAUUUUUGUGUCAGUCACCAGUGCUGCAGACUACACAAAUUUGGUUUUCAAAGGCUGUGCAGAGCAAAAAUUCCAAGACCCGUCUGGGAUCUACUCUCAAAAUCUCAAUAAUCUCUUGGAAUCUUUGGUUUCACAAUCCUCACAGAAAAGUUUCUCCACAACAACUUCUGGGGAUGGCCAAAAUGCUAUAAUUGGGUUAUAUCAAUGCAGAGGGGAUCUCACAACAGCACAGUGCUACACUUGUGUCAGCAAAAUCCCAGACAUGGUUAAAAAACUCUGUGGCCCAGUCAUAGCAGCUAGGGUUCAACUCAAUGGUUGUUCUCUCAGGUAUGAGAUUACAGGUUUUAAACAGGUCUCUGAUACUGAGUUGCUGUUCAAGGUUUGUGGGUCAAGUCAGGCUACUGGGUCUGGGUUUGAGGGGAUGAGGACUGCUGCUUUGGAUUCUAUGGUGAGUGGUUUGAAAAAUGGUUUUUACACUGGGAAUUAUCAGACUGUGUUUGUUUUGGGGCAAUGUGAAGGUGAUUUAUCAAGUGAUGGUUGUGGAAAUUGUGUGAAGAGUGCUGUAGAGAGUGUAAAAAAUCAGUGUGGUGAUACAGUUUCUGGCCAAGUUUAUCUCCUCAAGUGCUAUAUUAGCUAUAGCUACUACCCAAAUGGAGUUCCCACCAUGAAUUCACCAUCUGGUAAAGAGGUAGUGGGGACAAAGCAGCACACAGCAAGAACAGUAGCCAUUGUUGUUGGAGGAAUUGCAGCUUUUGGGUUUCUAAUUGUGUGUUUGAUGUUCAUCAGCUCUCUCUUCAAGAAGCAUAGGAGGACUAAGCAUGAUAGUUGGAAUUGACUGCUUCACCUUUUACACUUCUUCUAAUCUUUGUAAUGAAAAAUGGAAGGAAACAGAAGAGAAAAAAAAAUCAGAAAACUUGUAAAAGUUAUUAAAAAUGGAAAUUUGUUAGUAUGAUUUUGUGCAGAUUCAUAGUGAUAGUGAGUUUUGAAGAUUCCAAUGUUAAUGGUGGGUCUAUUUUUAAAAUGAUUUAGCAGAAUUUAUGUCAGUUUUCUUUUUCUUUUA